UCAAACCAAACUUAAGCCCCUUACAAAAUAAAUAAAUAAAUACUCCGAAGUUGUUCGAUCGAACCACUGCAGUUUGUAAGCGGCGCCUUUCUUCUAAUGUAACAGAGAGCGAAUAUGGAUUUUCUCCAGUCCAGGCUCUGUUUACAUACUUUACAUAGAAGCCAUGUUCACCUUCCUCUUGUUCGAGCUCUGUCCUCCAAUUAACUCCAUGGCUUCCUUAUCCCAGCCUUCACAUGGCCAAGCCCCUUCUCACCAAGGUCUUCUUCUCUUCCCCUCCAAAAUCCAAGGAAGAGUUCACCAAUCUCUGCUCCAGAGGAUUUCUUCGACAGGCCCUUUACGGCUUCAUUCCCGAGGUCUUUGCUGACCUAAAUCUCUUUUCCUAUCUCCUAAAAGGAUGUUCCAUCCCGCAGGAAUCCCUGUCUCAUGGUCGGCAACUCCACGGUUUCAUUGUCACUUGCGGCGCCUCGGCCGACCGUUUCACUGCCAAUCACCUCCUUCACAUGUACUCCAAGCUCGGCGACCAGCAUGCUUCCGCCUCGCUCUUUGCCAGAAUGCCUCGAAAGAACAUCAUGUCAUACAAUAUUCUCAUUGGUGGCUUCGUUCAAAACGGGGACAUCAACUCUGCCCGCAAGCUGUUCGACGAAAUGCCCGAGAGGAACGUCGCCACCUGGAAUGCCAUGGUCACCGGGUAUACACAUUUCGGGUUUGAUAGAGAGGGUUUAGAACUCUUGGCCGACAUGAGAAGGGUGGGUCUACAACCAGACGAGUUCAGCUUAGCCAGUGCUUUGCGGUGCUGUGCUGGGUUGAAAGUUCUCACCUUUGGCCACCAGAUUCAUGGUUACCUCAUUCUGUCUGGGUUUGAAGCGGAUAUCUGUGUUGGGAGCUCUCUUGCUCACAUGUACAUGAAGUGUGGGUGGCUCCAAGAAGGUGAGAGAGCAUUGAAGCUAAUGCCUGUUCUUAAUGUCGUUUCCUGCAACACUGUCAUCGCUGGCAGGGCACAGAAUGGAGAUUAUGAGGGUGCUCUUCGGCAUUUUAGUUUGAUGAUGGCUGCAGGCUUAGCCCCUGAUCAGGUCACUUUUGUGAGUGCUAUAAGUUCUUGCUCUGAAUUGUCAGCCCUUGGCCAGGGGCAGCAGGUCCAUGCACAAGUAAUCAGAUCUGGAGUUGAUUCAUCAGUGCCAGUUACUAGUUCACUAGUCAGCAUGUACUCCAAAUGUGGUUGUUUACAGGAUUCCAUCAAUUUAUUUGAUGACUCGUCAGAAGAAUCUGAUCUUGUUCUGUGGAGUGCAAUGAUUGCAGCUUAUGGUUUUCAUGGACAUGGGAGGAUGGCGAUUGAGCUAUUUGAGAAAAUGGUAAAUUAUGGAAUUGAGCCGAGUGAAGUUACCUUCCUGAGUCUGUUAUAUGCUUGCUGUCACAGUGGAUUGAAGGAUGAGGGUUUAGGUUAUUUGGAGCUAAUGAACAAGAAGUAUGAACUGCAGCCUUCAUUAAAGCACUACACUUGCAUUGUGGAUCUCCUAGGCCGGGCAGGACAACUUGAUGAUGCUGAAGCCCUGAUCAAAUCCAUGACUGUGGAAGCAGAUGGAGUUAUAUGGAAAACCCUUUUGUCUGCGUGCAAAAUUCACAAGAACACAGAGAUGAUGGAGAGGGUGGCUGAGCUUGUGUUGAGGCUGGACCCUGAGGAUUCGGCAUCUUAUGUCCUGAUCUCAAAUUUUAGUGCUGCUGCUGCAAGAUGGAGUGAUGUUUCAGAUGUUAGGAGCUCCAUGAGGGAGAGGAAGGUGAGGAAGGAACCUGGAGUCAGCUGGAUGGAGCUCAAAGGCGAGGUCCAUCAGUUCUCAACUAGCGAGAGAUCACAUCCUAGGCAAAGUGAGAUUGAUGAGUACUUGAGAGAGUUGAUUGGUAAAAUGAGAGAACAGGGUUAUGUGCCAGAUACUAGUAUGGUUCUUCAUGACAUGGAAGAUGAGGAGAAAGAAUGCAGCUUGGCUCAUCACAGUGAGAAGCUGGCUAUUGCAUUCUCACUUUUAAGCUUGCCCAACGGAUCCCCAAUCAGAAUAAUGAAGAAUUUGCGUGUAUGCAGUGAUUGCCAUAACGCCAUUAAAUUCAUAUCUAAAAUUAUGGAUAGAGAGAUUGUGGUGAGGGAUGUUAGUCGGUUUCAUCAUUUCAAAGAUGGAAAUUGUUCUUGUGGAGAUUAUUGGUGAUAUUAUAUGGAUAAAGAGCAUGUGUAAGGCAAACUUAGCGUGCAUAAACAUUUGUUCCAUCAAGUCUCCUUCUAAAGGCCAACUUUGAGGUAUGGCUGAUUUUUCUUGGUUCAGCAAAUGAAGGCGCACUAUCGACAGAUAAGGUACCAUCUUCAUCCACUAAAAUAACUUCAAGUAAUAGGGUGUUUGCUUCAUGCUGCGUGUAGACUUCAUGAUAUGUGAAUGCUUCAUUAAACAUAGGAUAAUUCCUAGAUUAUCAUAGCAUAAAUAUGAUUAGAAAGUAAAGGAUUUGAAGUAAAAUUAAACCAAAAUGCCGAACAUAUGGUUAUUAUCACAUCUAUUUUCUUUUUUCAGUUCCUGUUGAAGAAUGCUUCUUACUGACGCCAACAUCUAAUUUAAGUGUAACUUUACAAAUAUUUUUGUGAUGACUGUAAAUGUCGCAUCUAUUACAUUUGUGUAGUCUUUGAACUUAUCUCUGUAGAACUUCUAAUUCUACUCCUUGGCCUACCUCUAGGCUUCAUAGUGUUAGAACUGUUAUUUUCAAUCCAUCGCAAUGUCUGGUCCAUUGGUCUUUUGCAUGGGAGUGUAGAUAUUGCCCCUUCAUAUACUAUUCUAGAUAUGAAAUAAAUAAUUAGUAUAAGUUAGGAUAAUACACAUAUAACAAAUCAUCUAUAAAGCUAAGCGUACCUUAUCACAUUGUAGUACCCAUCAUUAUAAGUAUGCCAAUGAGUGUUCAUUUCUAUGAUGCACAAAUAUGGACACGGACACGGGACACGCCAAUUAUUGAAAAUAUAGGAUACAGACACGAGUUGGACACAAUAUUAUAAUUUUUACAUUUUAAAAUAGUUCAUAAAAAUUGAAUUAGUAUAAUAUUAAAAAUAAUUUUGAAAUAAUAAGUCAUUUAAUUGGAAUUUCUGCUUAAAAUGAUUAACAUUAGGAUGUCGAUGCUGUGCAUUAGACAUCGAGAGAGGAGGUGACAAUGCUGUCGAGAGUCAGGCAUCAAUGCUAUGCAAUAAAUAUUGGACAUCGAUGUCAAGAGGGCGUCUAUCGUAGAUGUUGAGAGGGCAUUAGUUGUCGAUGUUAAGAGGACGUCAGACAAGAUGUGCUACCAAGUUUUGGGUGCAGAAGUUACUAGCGUCAAGAAUCAGUGCCAAGAUCGUGUCAGAAUUUUAUGUCGAGAUGGAUUUGAAAUGUCGAUGUUGUAAUGGCGCUAGACGUCGAUGUUAAGAUGACAUUGGGUAUUGUUGUGAAACCAAAAUUGCGACCCGCUAAAGAGAAAUGAAAAUGAGAAUAUACGAUGAAUGAGGUAUUUAGUGCAAGCGAUUGAUUUAGUGUUGUGGAUAGGAAAUAAGAAAUUUAAUUUUUAUAUUUUAAAUAAAUAAAAAUUUUAAAUACAAGAAAUUAUAUUAAAAAAAUGCAUAAAAUAUUUAAGACACGCGUGACCAAUUUGUAUUUUAUAUUUUUUUAAUCAGACACAUUUUCGACGUAUCCGACAUGUGUCAGAGGCGUGUCAGACGUGUGUUGUGAAACUCCUUAACUAAAAGAAACUAAACUCUUAAACAUUGAGGCGCCUUUUGGUGUAAUGGUUGAAUUUCAUUAAGAAACUCUGCAAUUAAGCUUGCUCAUCUCAGAACAAUUCUGGGAUGAGUGACGUACUGAGAAGUUACUCCGAUAGGACAAAACCGUGAGACUCUUAGGCCAAAGCGGAUAAUAUCUCAAUAGUUAAGAGUUUGAAUUGUUACAAAAUGAUAUCAGAUCAAUAUACCAGUCGGAAGAUGGGAACUAAGUGCCAUAUAAGACAAAGUGCUACGCCAUGAGAGUCACCUCUUGAACCUUGUAUGGGAUAAAGUGCUACAUGACGAGAGCCACCACUUGAACUUGUAGGGCCACCUCUAGAAUCCUAUCUGCCUGUUUGAUGAUUCUGGGAUAAAGAUAUUGUUAAGGAUGUCAGUUACUUAAGUGGGGGAGAUUGUAAAAUCGCUUAAGUAAAAAAAGUUGAACUCUUAAAUAUCAAGGCGCCUUUUGAUGUGAUAGUUGAAUUUCAUUUAAGAAACUUCGUAGUUAAGCGUGUUUAUUUCAGAGCAAUUUUGGGAUGGCUGACCUACUGGGAAGUUACACCAACAUUACAAAAUCGUGAGACUCUUAGGACAAAGCGGACAAUAUCUCGAUAGUUAAGAGUUUGGGCUGUCACACGUGUCAUGUUAAAUACGGUCGGACACUGCACGGCUUUUUGAGGAGAAGUAUCGGUGCAUCAUAGGUUCCUUUGUAUCAAUAAAUGCAAUUUGCUUAUAUAGUAAAAUGAUCGACUUAUCAAAAUUCACAAUUGCUUUUUUCUUUCUCCAAAUUCGCUUCCCCUUUUUCAUAUCAUUAUUCUAUCUCAGCCACAUGAAUAUAUGAUCGUGCUACAAUGAAUUUUUCUUUACAUGUUCCUAAAUAUUUACAUGAAUGAUCUUUCUAACUUCCAAUAUUUGAUCAUCUUUAUAUUUUAAUGUUCUAACUCUUUGAGGAAAAUCUCAAAAGAUCAAAUAGCUUUGAGUCUUCUUUUAUCACUAGCUUUAUUUUUUGCUGAAAAACUCUUUGAAAUAUCUUUUGUUCGAAGAAGAUUCUUAAAAUAAUUUGUAUUAUCAAAAUUAGUGCCAACUUACAGACUCAUGCUAUGUACGUCCUCACAUGAAGAGGACCCUAGAUUUAGUGGGUGAUAUUUAUUAACGAUUACAAUAACUAUCACUCCUAAUUGAUGCCAGUACAUCUCACCACCAACAAGAUAUCCAUACACUAAAUUCAUUGUAUUACUCGCUUUGAUAUGACUUUUAGCAACAAUUGUAGAUAGUUGGCUGCUUCUUUUAUUUAUAACAUAUCGCUUUCAAAAACAUUAUCAUUUGAGAAAAAUAUUCUAUUAUGUAAUACAUCUGACAGACAAGGUGGGAAGCAAUCAUGUAGAAUCAUAGAAUGUUGUAAUGUAAAAAGUACUUAAGUCUUACAACUUACAAUAGUUUGUAAGGCUCUUUUCAUUAACUUGGCCAACCUUGGCAAAUUCAGCCAGUGACUCACAUAAAAUCUUUCCUUAUUUGGAAAUUAUUAUGCACAUUCAAUGUGAUUGAUCAGUUAUAGGCUAGCUAGGGACAUUUCUUAGUAGACCUUGACUCCAUCAGGAAACUCAAUGUGAGAUCAAUUAAAAUGGAGAACUAAGACAUUGUCACCAACAGAAAAUUCAAUCAAAUGGAGGAAUGACACGUUAGAAUAAUCUAAGAAGUUUAAGAGCGUGUUCUCAUAACCAUUCCGCGGAUAGAAGCUCUUGAAGAAGAAUCCUUUAACGUCAUCAUUCAUCCUCAACCAUGAAGUCUAAGGGUGUUGACCUUGACUCCAAGUAGGGAUGAUACUUAUUCUUCAAAAAGUAGGGCAAAAUUAACUCCACUUCGAAAGAAUAGAAGUGUUAGCUACAAAUGACAAGUGUGUUCUCUAGAGAGAUUAUUGAUCAUAGCCUCCAAUAAAAUUCAAGGUUUCACACUUAGAUUCAUAUAAGGGAAAGAUAAAUUUGGUCAACCAUAUCUCUUAGUUUGAGUUGUUUAUAUCAUUACUAAACAUUAAUGCUAUGAUAACCGGUGAUUCGCCAAUGUCCGGUUGGAAGAUGCUCUUCGAUGGAAGGUACAAAUGUGAAGAGGAUGCGAUCCACGUAAUCGUCCACGGUAUCGUCAACGUUCAAGUUUAAGUCGAAGAAAGGGGAUCAGAGAAGAUCUGUUCAUCCUUGAUCAUCAUACACGAAUCCGUGAUUGUGUUCUGGAUUGGUCAUGCAUGGGGGCGACGUCGGCUUGAAGAUAAUCCUUGUAUGUGGAGGAGAAAGGUGGGGGAGAGUUGGAGAGGAGGAGAAUUUCGGCUAGGGUUACGGUGGGUUGUGUUGGGAUGGAGGGUGGUGAAUUAGAAGGGCUUAGGUUGAAGGAGAUCUGAAAUUAAUUCUCUGAUUUUUUAUGGAGGGAAAGAUUAAUUUGAAAUCCAAAUUAAUCCUAAUUGAGGGCUUAAGUGGGGCGGCAACCAAGGGGAAUUUAUGGGGCAUUUAAUGAGAGUCUAGGUGGCUAAUUGGAGAGAGAAUGGGGCUAUAGAGGGGGCGACCAUAGGGGGAGGGAUUUGAUGUGUCUAGGUUCGAUGUAUGGGUCUGGGGAGGAUUUUAAUUAGGGAUUGUCAUUAUGAAAUUGCUUUCAAAUUUAAUGUAAUUAGAAGGUUUCCUAAUUUAAGUUUAUUAAUAGGAAAAUCUUUGAAAUUCAAAUAUAAUUUGAAUUCAAAUGAGGCAAUUUUCCAAAUUAAUAGUAAGGAAAUUAGGAAAGUAAUUAAGGUUGAUUUGAAUUUUGAAAUUCAAAAUUCAAAGGUCAGGGAGGGAGGGGCCGGCGGCUAGUGGAGGCUCGGGGAGGCCGGCGUGGAGGAGGCUAGGGGGAGACUGGCGGCGGACGGGUGAGGGGAGGCCGACGGCUUAGGGAGGUGGUGAGGGUUGGCGGGUUAGGGAAGGAAAGAGAAGGGGUUUGGACUUUGGAAGAUUCGGCCGGCGGCAAGGGGUCUUGGGCUAGGUGGCCGAUGGUGGUAACCAAGAAGGAAAUACUAAGUACUAACCGUGAGUCUCGGAAUCCACCGGCGGCUGACGGGAGUUGCAAGGCCCUCUCCUAAAGUUUCUCCUCUCAAGAACUCACAAAGAUAUCAAACAAAAAAAGCUAGAAUUUCUUUCAUAAUCAUCAUCCCAAAUACAAGAUGAAUGACCUAAUAUAUAGGCCUCAUAGAAAAAAAAAGGACUAACAUGCCCAUAGGGCUACAACUCAAAUCAACACACAAGUAAGGGUACAAACAUAAAUAAAGUAAAUAUGAACUAAUACAUAAAAUAUAUCAAAUAUAUAAACUCCUCAUCGGAGCCGUCGAUUUACGAUGCUUCCGACAGUAGACAUUCCGGAAUUUCCUACUAAUGUCCUCAUCAAAAUUAGUCUUGCCCAAUGAUUUCAAAUAUCAUCAAGUCGGCGACAUCUCAAUGAACGCCCUUCGAGCCCGACUCAUGAAUCCUUUCCACAAUUCUAUGAAGGAGCAAUUUAAUCUAACUAGAUAGUUUCUAAUUGCACUCACUAACGAUAUAUAUGUAGAACACCAAGUAAUAUGUAAAUACAUAUUAAAAAUAAUUGAUUAUGAUUUCAUAGAAAUAAUAAAGGAAAAGGAGGAAUGGCUGUGUGAAAAUAUAUUACUUAAUGAUAUUUAAGAAUAAUGUUUUACGAAGAGGGGAUGUGAUAAUAUGUGACCGCUGAGAAGAGGCAUAGUUAGAAGGAUAUGAUGAAUGUAAAUAGGGGUGUCAAUUUUGGGUCACGGGUCGGGUUCGGGCUGAACCCAAAACUGACUCGAUACUGUUUAGGUCAACCCGAACCCGACCCAUUUUUAUAAAUGGGUCAGUUUUCUGGACCGGGUCAACCCGACACGACUCGAAAGCGGGUGCCAACAUGAGCAGAGGGACGCUGGAGGCCGGACGCCAGCGGCCGGACAACUGAACCUGGAGGUCCUGGAAGGCGGGCACAGGCCUGGACGCGGCAGCCGGCAAGCUGGCCAGCUUGGCUGCCCCUCACGCGGGCCUGGACACAGUCACGCGGAAGAACUUGAGCUCGGAUCCUCGGGACAUGCAGGCACGCGGGCGAGUGGGGCAGCCGGACAGGAGCGGGAUUUGGCACUGGUUGACGGGCAGCGGCGGGCAAGCAGGGCAGGGGCGGGAUUGGCCACGGGCAGUGGUGACUCACGCGACAGCUCGAUUAGCACCUUAGCGGGCAAGUAGGGGGGAGUCACGCUGCCACGUGAGAUUGGCCACGGGCAGAGGUGGUCAACCGGGCAGCUCAGUCAGCGGGUCAAUUCGUGUCAUUUCCGGGUUUUCGGGUCUACCCGAACCUGACCCGAUUUCUGAAACGGGUCGAAAACCCUAACCCGAACCCGACCCAGUUCGGGUUCGAGUCAACCCGCACCCAAAAUUUUCGUGUCGUGUUCGGAUCGGAUUUUCGGGUCGUGUCCAAUAUUGACACCCCUAAAUGUAAAUGUAGUUAGGGGAGAGAAUACUGUUGCAGUGUGCAGCAAUGCAUGGGAGUUCCUUCUAAUCAAGAAUAAAUAUGCAAGAGAAGUGAAGACUGUGAGGAGAAUAUUACGCAUAUUUCUUCUCAUAAAUCCAUCAACUUCAUUAAAUCAAGAAAUUUAAUAGGUUUAAUGAGUUAGAGAUUGAUGAUAUAACAGAAGGAAAAGAGAUUUAGAUUUCAUUUGGGACAGCUUUCUUACUAUUUCUUAAAAUAAUUUUUUAGUACACAA